AUGUCAUAUAAACGCUCCCGUACGACCUACGAAGCCGAUCUCAAUGCACCCUUUGCAGCUUUCGGCACUCCUUUGCCCGAUGACCCUGACGCUCGAGAUGAUGGCUCCUUCGUUCCAGUAUGGAAGCAGGAGGUGAGGGAUGAGAGAGGUCGAAAACGCCUCCAUGGCGCAUUUACAGGCGGAUGGAGCGCAGGUUACUUCAAUACUGUCGGAUCCAAGGAGGGAUGGACACCGUCGACUUUCGUUUCGAGUAGAAACAACCGCCACAAACAUGCCAAAACCCAAUCUCAACAACGACCAGAAGACUACAUGGAUGAGGAGGACCUUGCUGAUGCCGCCGAAGCUCAGAAAGUCCAGACUUCUCAAGCAUUUGCUGGUCUUGGCUCCUCCGGUCAGGAUUCCAAUGCUGGGGGCUUGAUGGGCUUGCUGAGGGCUGAAGGAGAUACUAUGGGACUGAAGCUGUUGCGGCGCAUGGGAUGGAAAGACGGGCAAGGCAUUGGUCCCAAGAUUCGGAGAAGCGCCCGGCUUGAGCUAGGGGAUAAAAGCUCUCAGGCUGUUGAAACGCAUUUGUUUGCGCCUGACAAUACAAAAAUGAUUCAGUUUGUUCGCAAGAACGAUCGAAAGGGACUGGGCCAUGACGGAGAAACCAAGUUGUCGAGUUUGAAUCCUAUCACGUCCGCGGCAGAUGAGGAUGACGAUGACGAAGAUAAUUUCCACGAUAAUGGUCUCCGGAAUUCCUCUUUGCUCUCACAGAAAUCUAAGGCUAAGCCUGGCCGAGGCGGGAUAGGAGUGGGCAUCUUGAAUGACAAUGGCUCCGAUGAGGAAGACCCUUACGAAAUGGGACCGAAGAUCAGAUACAAUCGUGUCAUGGGCGGUGAUAAAAAGAAAAAGAAGGCGAAGAAACCAACGGCAGCAAUUAACCCUGCUCUGAAAAAUGCGCCGGUUUUUGUGUCUCGAACUGCUCGAGCUGGUAAUGGUCUUGGACGGUGUCAUGAUGGGCGAUUACCACUCGAUGGGUUUGUACUCGCCAAACUUGCGGAAGACUUAUCCGACCUCUUUUUGGAAUACGCACCGCCUCCGGUUCCAGAAGGUUGGACGUCCUCAAAAUCUCCUACAGACCAAGCCAAUCCCUCAGAUUACAAGUCAACAGCGGAUGCCGCGAAAGCAUCGACCCAUGAUGCAAAGUCUAGAGCAGCCCUUCUUGGAGAGAAGAGUCUGCCUGGAAAAUCGGUCUUCGAUUAUAUCACGAGCUCAGCACGGGACAGACUUGCUGCUGCUUCCGGGAACAAAAAUCUACCUCAAGGUUUGGGAGAGGUCCCAGAAGGAUUCAAUAUGACAGAAGAGGAACGACAGCAACAGGUAUGGGAUGAAGCACCCCCGCUGGAUCGUGAGACAGCUAUUGCAGCUAUCUCUCGAGGCUCCUCUGGACCUUACGCAGACAAUGAAGAGAAAAAGGCGCGGUAUAGAACUUAUCUGGAGCAUUAUGCAACAGGCAGCCAACCGCUCCCGUACAAACCCAAGGGCAUGGCGUUUGACGACUUUGCCAGAGAAUUGUCGGAAUUCCACAAUUGCGCGAGAAUCUUCAAACCGAUGACAGGGUUUAUGGCAUCUCGAUUCACUACGGCGAAGAAACCAACAAUCGUGUCAGCAAACGGAUCUGAGACAGAUCUGGUGUCGAAACCCGAACCAAAGAUCGCAGAUCCAGCAGAAGAGGCAGCCAAAAUUGGCAUGUAUGGGCAAAUGACUCGAACAGUCGAAGACUUUUAUCCAACAAGGCUAUUGUGCAAGCGGUUCAACGUCAGGCCGCCCGCGCACUCUCAAGCAGAGGCUGAGGCAGAACCUGGCUCCGGGACGACAAGCCGUGAUGGAGGUUUAGGACCCAUGGAAGAUGCGAAGAUGAACACAACAUUCCCGGCUCGAGGCAUCAAGUCACUCGAAGGAGCCCCGGCAAACACAACAACACCAGCUCCUGAACCCGAGCCCGCCAUUGAUCCGCAUAAGAAUGAAGCAGUUGAGGUUUUCUUCCAGAAGAAAGCCGCCAUCCUGUCUGAAUUUCAGGAAGCUGGAAUUGGACCAUCAGUGUCCUUGGAGAAGAAGACGCCGUCACCAGACUCAUCAAGACCGCCAAGCACGCGAACAACAUCAAGUCAUCAUCGCGAACCGACCCCCGACGACCUCAAAUCCGCCAAAGAACCGGAAUCACACAUUCUUUUGAGUCGCGAUCAAUCACCUCCGCCGCAGUAUCCCGCCUCCGAACCUUCAACCUCUCGUCCUCCCCCCUUCUCGUCGCUCUUUACCUCCCCACCGCACGACGCUCACGAGCGUCCCGACAAAUUCGUCGCUUUUACCGCUCAUUCUCCUUGUGAAGCAGAGGCAUCAGGCUCAGCUGCACCAGCAUACGAAUCUUCUUCACCUAGAGAAGCUCUCCCCUUUGACCCGGAUCAAAGCACUACUGCAUUCCGCGAUCCAGUCGCAGAGACCAAGCGCGCGCUCCCUCGGGAUACCAAGGGAGAUUCCAGUCGCAAAGACGACGACGCAGAACCGCCUCCGGCUUAUUCAGAAGAGGGCGAUAGUCCCCUUUCCACAUUCUCUUUCCUAAUGGCUGCCGCAGGAGGAGCUGCGAGUAUUAUUACUCAGGUGCAACAGGGCGGGCCGCCUGUUAGCACUCUUGGAGAUGUUGGCGCUGAUGAGACGAUUGCUAUGGACCUAAGGGGCACAAGGUUUUAUCUCUCUAGGGACGAGCUCCUUACUUUGCCCGAGUUUGUGCUGCUAUCUUUGUUCCCCAAUGGAUUAUUCCCUGAGGGCCAAAUGGGCGGCUUUGCAGACGGCGAUGCAGUGCAAGUCGACUACGACCCAGCUUCACUUCAGUACAUGCUUGACUUCUUUAGGGACGUAGCACAAUCUAUCCCCACAGAUGGAUCACCAAAUGCGUCUCAGGAUGAGGAUACGCCUUCUCUCGGCACCUCGCGUGACGACUCUAAGCGAGCCGGUAUCAUUGUGUUGCGUGAGGACCUCGACUUUUAUGCUAUUCCUCCACGAGCGGAUAUUGGCCCGCUUGAUAUGAUUGCCGUGAAACGGGCAGCUGCAGAGGCUUUGCAGCAGCAGAACGGCAUCUUUUCGGGUCUCAAGCGAAGCGACGAGCCGGGUACUACUGAGGCCCACUUGAUCGAGAUGCUGACGGCAGGUGGUUUCAACCAUGAUGAUCGAUGGGGUCACCGAGCUGGUGAGCCUAACAAGGCCGUCAUCUGCAGUCUGGCUCUUGCCCGUCUACGCAGCGACAUUCGGGGUAACGAGAUGGGCACUAAUGCUGUCGGUAUGGCCCAGAAGCUUCUGCUCUUCUGGCGUAAGCCUGCUCGGCGAUGCUGGUGGGAGGGUGUCGAGCUUGAGAAUGUUGCGGGUGUCGAGGGCAAGCUCAAGGUCUGGAUCCGAAGAGUAUGGACCCUCGAGAUGAGUGUUAUUGGCCUGCGCUAG